CAGAAAGUUUCAUGGGGGGAAAGACGAGACGAGAAGAGAGAAACUAUAAUCACAUUUUUGAUUCUCUACCAUGAGUGCAAACGCGAUAAAAAUCUGACCAGAUUCCAUCACAAUAAUGGCUGCUUCAGCCAAGGUAAGCGUAGGGUCUCACGUUUGGGUGGAGGAUCCGGAUGAAGCCUGGAUAGAUGGUGAAGUAGAAGAAGCUAACGCUGAUGAAAUCACUGUCAACUGCUCUGGGAAGUCGGUUGUGGCAAAGGCAAAUGCUGUCUACCCCAAGGACCCCGAGUUCCCUGAACUUGGGGUCGAUGACAUGACAAAGCUUGCCUAUUUGCAUGAACCAGGCCUUCUUCUCAAUCUUAAGUGCCGAUAUGAUUCAAAUGAAAUUUACACAUACACUGGGAAUAUAUUGAUAGCUGUCAAUCCCUUCAAAAGAUUACCCCACCUUUAUGGAACUGAUACGAUGAAACAGUACAAGGGUACCCCUUUUGGUGAGUUGAGUCCACAUCCUUUCGCGGUUGCUGAUUCUGCCUACAGGAAAAUGAUCAACGAGGGAGUGAGCCAGGCGAUCUUGGUGAGCGGUGAAAGCGGUGCUGGGAAGACGGAAAGCACAAAGAUGCUCAUGCGGUUUCUUGCCUACAUGGGGGGAAGAGCUGAGAGUGAAGGACGAUCCGUGGAGCAGCAAGUUUUGGAGUCCAAUCCAGUUUUAGAAGCUUUUGGCAAUGCAAAAACCGUUAGAAACAAUAACUCAAGUCGUUUUGGUAAAUUUGUGGAGAUUCAGUUCGAUCAAAGAGGAAGAAUUUCGGGAGCUGCUAUCAGGACAUAUUUGUUAGAGAGGUCGCGUGUUUGUCAAGUUUCUGACCCUGAAAGAAACUAUCAUUGCUUUUACAUGCUUUGUGCUGCACCUGAACAGGAAACUGAGAGGUACAAGUUAGGAAAACCAAGCACAUUUCGCUAUCUAAAUCAGUCGAAUUGCUAUGCAUUGGAUGGGCUCGAUGAUUCCAAGGAAUACCUAGCUACAAGGAAAGCUAUGGACGUUGUUGGAAUUGGUUCUGAAGAUCAGGAUGCAAUCUUCCGAGUAGUAGCUGCAAUCCUUCAUCUAGGGAACAUCGAGUUUGCAAAGGGUGAAGAAUCAGAAGCUUCAGAACCUAAGGACGAAAAAUCACGGUUCCAUCUAAAAACAGCAGCCGAACUUUUCAUGUGUGAUGAGAAGGCUUUAGAAGAUUCCUUGUGCAAAAGGGUCAUGGUGACUCGUGAUGAAAGCAUUACAAAGUCGCUUGAUCCUGAUAGUGCUGCUCUAGGGAGAGAUGCACUAGCCAAAAUUGUCUAUUCUAAAUUGUUUGAUUGGCUCGUGACCAAGAUCAAUAAUUCCAUUGGCCAAGAUCCAGAUUCAAAACACAUUAUUGGAGUUCUGGAUAUUUACGGAUUCGAGAGUUUCAAGACAAACAGUUUUGAACAAUUUUGUAUAAAUUUGACAAACGAGAAGCUACAGCAACAUUUCAACCAGCACGUGUUCAAGAUGGAGCAAGAAGAAUAUACUAAAGAAGAGAUUGACUGGAGUUACAUAGAGUUCAUUGACAAUCAGGAUAUCCUCGAUCUUAUUGAAAAGAAACCUGGUGGUAUCAUUGCCCUUCUAGACGAGGCUUGCAUGUUUCCAAGAUCUACGCAUGAUACUUUUGCACAAAAGCUAUACCAGACUUUUAAAGACCACAAGCGUUUUGCCAAGCCAAAAUUGGCUCAAACAGACUUUACUAUUUGCCACUACGCUGGUGAUGUCACCUAUCAGACAGAACUGUUUUUGGACAAAAACAAAGAUUAUGUCGUUGGAGAACAUCAAGCUCUCCUGAGCUCUUCAGAUUGUUCCUUUGUCUCCUCGUUAUUUCCACCUUUGCCAGAGGAAUCUUCGAAAACAUCAAAGUUCUCAUCAAUAGGCUCUCAGUUUAAGCAUCAACUGCAAUCUUUGCUCGAGAGUUUGAGCACAACAGAGCCACACUACAUACGAUGUGUCAAACCAAAUAACCUUCUUAAGCCAGAAAUAUUCGAGAACAUUAAUAUUCUGCAGCAACUUAGGUGUGGGGGAGUCAUGGAAGCCAUUAGGAUUAGUUGUGCUGGAUAUCCUACUAGGAAGCCUUUCAAUGAAUUUUUGACCCGGUUCAAAGUUUUAGCUCCGGAGACUACAAAUACAAGCAAUGACGAAGUUGACGCUUGCAAAAAGCUACUAGCAAAAGUGGACCUCAAAGGUUAUCAGAUCGGGAAAACAAAGGUGUUUCUUAGGGCAGGUCAAAUGGCAGAACUAGACGCUCACCGAGCUGAGGUUCUUGGUCGUUCAGCACGGAUAAUACAGAGGAAAGUCCUUUCUUAUCAGUCCCGCAAAAAGUUUCUGUUGUUGCAGGCUGCUUCAACAGACAUCCAAGCCUUGUGUAGAGGGCAAGUUGCACGUGUUUUGUUUGAGAAGAUGCGAAUAGAAGUGGCUUGUCUGAGAAUUCAGAAUCAGGCACGGACUUAUAUUUGCCAGAAAGCCUAUAGAAGUCUGUGCUCUUCUGCUUGUUCAGUUCAGACAGGGAUGCGAGCAAAAGCUGCUCGAGUCGAACUUCAGUUUAGAAAGAAGAGAAGAGCUGCAAUCAUUAUUCAAAGUCAAAUCAGAAGAUGUUUGUGUCAUCGCCAUUACGUGAGACUGAAGAAAGCAGCGAUUACCACUCAAUGUGGCUGGAGAAGGAGAGUUGCACGACGAGAAUUGCGUAAUCUUAAAAUGGCUGCUAAAGAAGCCGGAGCACUUCAAGAUGCUAAGAGUAAGCUGGAAAAUCAAUUGGAAGAACUCACUUCUAACUUAGAGCUUGAGAAAAAGAUGAGGAUGGAGAUCGAGGAAGCAAAAUCUCAAGAAGUCGAAGCAUUACAGUCAGCUUUAACGGAUGUAAAACUUCAGCUCAAAGAAACUCAAGAAACCAAAAGUGCGGAGAUCUCAAGAUUGCAGUCUGCUUUACAAGACAUGCAACUUGAGAUUGAAGAACUCUCUAAGGGACUUGAGAUGAGUAACGAUCUUUCUUCCGAAAAUGAACAGCUUAAGGAGUUGGUGAGUUCUUUGCAAAACAAGAAUGAUGGAGACGUAAGUAAGCUUGGUGAAGAGCCGACAAAACAAGAAGUUCCUGUGAUUGAUCAGACCGCAAUCAUUAAACUCGAAGCUGAAAAUCAGCAGCUGAAGGAGUUGGUUAGUUCUUUGGAGGAAAAAAUCGAUGCGUUAGACAGAAAACAUGAUGAAACAAGCUCAAAUAUUACAGAGCAGUUGAAGGAGAAUGUUUCAUCUGAUUACGAGAUUGUGAGCAAUCUUUCAGCUGAGAACGAGCGGCUCAAGGCAUUAGUAGGUUCAUUAGAGCAGAAGAUGUAUGAGAGCAAUUCUUCAGAGGGACAUAAGGAGGAGAAAAGCAUGCUGAAACUAGAGAGCUUGACAGAGGAUGGUUCAAUUGAUAAUGAGAUGGUCAACAAACUUGCUGCUCAAAACAAAGACCUGAAUGAUUUGGUAAGUUCAUUGGAAAAGAAAAUAGAUGAAACAGAGAAAAAGUAUGAGGAAGCAAGUAGGCUCUGUGAAGAGAGGCUGAAGCAAGCUGUAGACGCGGAGACAAAGCUAAUUGAAGCGAAGACAUCGAUGCUAAGGCUUCAGGAAAGGGUCUCCGACAUGGAAACAGAAGAACAUAUUCGCCGGAAGCAGGCGCUGGUGAAUUCGACUUCCCGGAAAAUGUCAAACCAGGUGUCAUUUACAGGAGCCUCGGAAAAUGGACAGCAUGAAUCACCUGCUCCUAUACCGGCUAAAAAAACUGGGACAGAAUCUUCUCGUAUUGAACAACCACCACAUGAAUCUGUUGACCUUCUUCUCAAAUGUGUAUCCCAAAAUGUCGGUUUCAGUCAUGGGAAGCCUGUCGCAGCUGUUACAAUUUAUAAAUGUCUUAUACACUGGAAAAUAUUCGAAGCAGACAAAACCAGUAUUUUUGACCGAAUUGUUCCUGUCUUUGGCUCUGCAAUUGAGAAUCAGGAAGACGACAAUCAUUUGGCUUAUUGGCUAACAAACACAUCAACUCUGUUAUUCCUGCUUCAGAGAAGCCUGAGAAAUAGUCCAACUGGCUCAAGUCCCACAAAACCUCCUCAGCCAACUUCUUUUUUGGGAAGGAUGACACAGGGUUUUCGUUCAACCUCUUCUCCUAACCUGUCAACUGACGUGGUGCAUCAAGUAGAUGCUAGGUAUCCUGCUUUGCUUUUCAAACAGCAGCUUACGGCAUAUGUGGAAACAAUGUAUGGAAUCAUCAGAGAGAAUUUCAAGAGAGAAGUAUCUUCCCUGCUUUCUUCCUGCAUUCAGGAUCUCAAGAAAUCAUCACAUGACUCCUCUGUUGUGAAAUCACCAUCAAAGUCAUCAGAAGACAAUUCACCCGCUAAGUCAUCUGAAGAGAAUCUUGCGGCAAAGCCAUCUGAAGAUAAUGAUUCACCCUCUAAGUCAUCUGAAGAGAACUCCCUGAAGAAGUCAUCUGAAGAGAAUCUUCCCGCUAAGUCAAGUUCACCAAAACAGUUAUCUGAGGAGGAUUCACCAGCUAAAGAGGGCCAAGCAGCAAAGUUGUCCGAACAGAACUUGCCAGCCAACUCUUGGCAAAGCAUUAUUGGCCUUUUGAAUCACAACCUCAUCACGUGGAAGGAAAACUAUGUUCCUCCAUUUCUCGUUCAGAAGAUCUUCAGCCAAACUUUCCUAUACAUCAACGUUCAACUCUUCAACAGUCUUCUCCUCGAGCAAGAGUACUGCACCUUCAACAUGGGAAAGGAAGUGAAGGCAGGGUUAGAUGAACUAGACUCAUGGUGUAGCCAUGCGACUGAAGAGUUCGUGGGGUCUUCUUGGGAUGAGCUCAAGCCUACGAGACAAGCCGUAGUGCUCCUGGUUACAGAGCUGAAGUCCACCAUUACAUACGACGAUCUUACAACUAACCUUUGCCCGGUUCUUAGUACUCAGCAACUAUAUAGGAUAUGUACCCUUUGCAAUAACGAAGACCACAAUGAUCAUAAUGUAUCGCCAGAGGUGAUUUCAAACUUAAAACUUUUAGUCACAAAUGAAGAUGAAGACAGUCGUUCCUUUUUAUUAGACGAUGAUUCCAGCAUCCCUUUUGAAACCGAUGAAAUCGCAAACUGCAUGCAAGAAAAGGACUUUGCGAAUGUUAAAUCAGUUUCUGAGCUCGCGGAUAACCCCAACUUUCAAUUUCUCAAUGACUGAGAAGUUUCAGCCUUCUUCCUAAUGCAUCUAUUUAAUGGGACUAAGCUACCAUUGAUUCACCUCGGUAUAAACUGUAUAUUUAAUAGGUUUCUGUUUCUAGUUUCCCCGAAGCGCGUUUUGAAACUGAGCAUCUGUAGUGGAUCACUUUACUCUUUUUCAGUUUCUUUACUUGUACGUCAAGAAACCUCAGGCGAGAAUUUGAACUAUUUGUUUGAUAA